CACAGGAAAGGGAUUGCGCGUUGGAAGACAGACGACACAGAGACAUAGCUAACUAGCUAGCUAUGUUAUAGAGCUUUUAUAAGUGAACGUCGUGAUUUAAAUAGUUUUGUUCGAUAUGAAAAUGUUUAAUUGAGAGUUUUUCGAGAAUGCAUACUUGUUGAAACACUUCAACAUGGACAAGUAGAAGAAAAAGUGAGAAAAUGUAGCUAGCUAAGCUAACUCUGGGCAGCUUAUUAAUAACUAACGUUACACUCAACGGGACUUUUACAAGAACAAAUGUUCCAGCUUUUUUGGGAAAGUUACCAACUUGCUUUAUCAUGUCACAUUGAUUAUAUCUAAGUAAACAAACGAAAGUACUCGCAAGUAACUUGAGGCUUUUUCAAGAUUUAACUUAGUAUUUUUGUUUUUGCCAAGUUUGUGAACUGGAAGAGUUGCACUGUGGCAAUCAACAUAAUGUCAACAGCAUCAUCAGCAACCAACUCAACCCAACAGCAGCAACAGCGGGUCAAGCGAAGCGGUGACAGCGGGGGCUCCCCAACCAUCUCUCCAGCCGGCUGCAGCACCACGAUCCGGUUGCAGCCUAUUCGUGCCACGGUGCCAUACCAGCUCUUGCGUGGAAGUCAGCACAGCCCAACCCGCUCCUGCUCCUCUUCCUUCACAGUCGCGAGCAAUACAGAACCGACAUCGACGUCCCCUUGCAACAGCCCCUCCAGCCCGACGCAGCUGCUGCUCGCGAACCCGGGUGGAAACGGCUCGGUGGAGGGCAGGCUGGUCGCAAGGCAGAGACGCUCGCCGCUGGACAGCAAAAGCUCACCUGAGCGGUGUCCGAUCUCGCCUGUUUUCAAAGUAGAGAGGUCCAAGCCCCAGCAGCAGGUGCGUAACUUGGGAGCCAUUCGGCGGACUUCAUCCCUGGGUACCAUCACCGGCCCCUACCUUACCGGCCAGUGGCCUCGUGACCACCACGUGCACUACCCCUCAUGCAUGAAAGAUAAAUCCACUCAGACACCUGGAUGUUGGAGUGAAGAAGCAGGAGAGAGGAGGAGCACACACCAGCGCUCGGUGUCUUGGGGCAGCGCCGACCAGCUCAAAGAGCAGAUAGCCAAGCUCCGGCAGCAGCUGCGUGGCGGUAGUAAGCAGCAGCAGGGAGGUCGUCAGUCUCAGUGUCAAAGAGACAAAGACAGCCUGUCUCCUUUACAGGGACCUAACAACACCAUCAACACCACCGCCAACCAAGCACAGUGGUCCUGCAUGUCUAAGUCAUCUCAGAUGUCCAACAUGACGGUGCCCAAGCCCUCCAUCACCAGAGUGCCCAGCAGCAUGGAGGGAAUCAACCACGAGCUGGAGAAGGUCUUCAUCAGAGACAACAACGGAGAGAAGGAAGAGCUCAAGGUGUUGGAGGUACCAGAUGGGCGGCGAGCCCCCUUUCCCCCCCAGCAGCGUAGCAGCAGUACCCGCAGUGUGGACACACAGACUCCCUCUGCCCCCGGCCGCUCCAGCAGUAGUUCCAGCCUGUCCCCCUGUCCCUCUCCUGCCUGUCCCCCGGGGUCCGGCUCACAUGGGGGCAGCCCUUACUCCACUGACGAUCUGCUCUACGACAGGGAUAAAGACAGUGGCAGUAGCUCUCCGCUGCCUAAGUUUGCCUCGUCUCCUAAACCCAACAACAGCUACAUGUUCAAGAGAGAACCUCCAGAGGGCUGUGAGAAGAUCAAGGUGUUUGAGGAAGUGAGCUCCAGGCAGUCAGCGUCCGUCCAUCUCUUCUCCUGCCCCGACAAGAACAAGGUCAACUUCAUCUCCACCGGCUCCGCCUUCUGCCCCGUCAGACUGACCCCCGGUGCCCUGCACCUCUCUGUGACCUCUCACCCCGAUGAUGACCCCGAGGCCGGUCCCAGCUCAAUGAUGUCAGCAUUCUGCCGUGUCCUCCCCUCUCAGGUCCACACCUCCACCAGCACAGACGACGCUCCCACCCCCGAGGAAGCUGCCCCUGCAACGCCCAACUCUCCCCAGCAGGGGGAGACACCAGAGACUGCCCUUCAGGCAGACAGCCUGGCCAUCAGCUAGACCUGGGCAGAGCUGGCCUCUGUCACAUGGUUCUGUUUCUUAUUGUUAUUAAUCAUUUGAUUAUUACGCCCCCACCACCACCAUCAUCAUCAUCAUCAUCAUCAUCAUCACUGAAGUCUGGUCUCCUUUCUCUAAAUGACCUCCCCCUCCUCUUCUCUCUGUCUCUGCUGAACUCUACACACACACACACUCUGCAUGGCGUAGUGCUAGCAACAAUGUACCUGACGACGACGACAACAACAACAAACAACUGAGAAAACAAAGACAAGUGUCCCACAUGUUCCUAGCCUAUUCCUAAAGCACUGUUCCUGUCAGAGAUAGACAUGAUGUUCUUUAACAGCACGUAUAAGUAGAGAUAUUGGACGCUGGCAUGGGAUGGAUGGGAAGAAAAUGUGACACUUUGGAUAAGGGGCAUGCGUUUUAAACUGGCAGUGUGUUUAAGAUUAAAGACAUGCUCCGGUACUUUGCCAACUAAAAAAGUAUAUUUUAAACCUUCCGCUUUGGGCUAGAUGUGUCAAUGUGUAGAUCAUACAUGCAUAAUCUAUGAUCAGAAUUACUGUCUUACCUCAAUUAGCCACGAAAUUCCUAGUUUGAAAGCCACUAUUUUCUUGAAGAUGUGCUGUGCCAUUUUCUUCUACAUUUCCCCCUACAUAGGCCAGCCAGCCCCCUAGCAAUUCGAGUUCUAGCCAAUGAGCUUCAGCCUCUGGCAUUUGAACGACAGCUAGCGUUAUCCAAUGAGGUUGCAGGGUGGACCUAAUGGCUCAGCGAGAGAGAGAGCAAUCGCAUAUGUGAAGUAGAACGCAAUUUUCAGGGACUACUUUUGGCUCGUGUGUGUGCUACUUUCAGAACUACUGGCUAAAAAUGAUACAAAAGUACCGGAGAAUCUCUUUAACUUAUGUGUUAUUGUGUUCUGUUGUGACAUUCUCCACAGUAUGAAUAAGCUCUAUACAACAUAUUACACAUUAUAUAUCUUAUGAAAAGAAAGAAACAAUGCUUGUUUAAAUAGAAAACUGUGUAUUGCUGUGUUAUGUUAUGUACAGUAACAGAGAAAGGAAAAAAAAAAUAUUCAGGAUUUAUGUUUACACAAUCCAGGUUAUGUUUCCAAACCUCCUUUGAAACAUGCAAAGAAUAAUCAAAAAAGUGGGAAAAAAGACAUAAAGAAGAAAAUUCUAAAUGGCCACAACAAUCCGUUGCACAGUCUCCAUUGCGUCUGGCCUUGCUUCAGGUAUAUAUCACAAACGGAGUCUAAACUCAGGAAAUUUGGAAUGUAUGCCCAUAUUCCAUGACACAGAUUGACUCAGCUCCGACUGCAUUUCCUUGUUGAAGCUUUGCUUUCUCUCAUUCCAGAUUCCAUUCCAGAAAUUCUGAACCUUUUAUUUGCCCUAGACAUUCCAUGGUGUUAUGAUGUGCUGUCCCAAGACUUGACCUGUGCUUGGUUGACAUGAAAGGUUGACUGUAUUGUUAGCAGUGGUGGAAAAAGUCCCCAAUGUCAUACUUGAGUAAAAGUAUAGAUACCUUAAUAGAAAGUUACUCAAGUAAAAGUAAAACUCACCCAGUAAAAUCCUAAUUGAGUUAGUCUAAAAGUAUUUGGUUCUAAAUAUACUUAAGUAUCAAAAGUAAAAGUAUAAAUCAUUUCAAAUUCCUUCUAUUAAGCAAAGCAGGCAGCACAGUUUUCUUGUUUUUAAAUUGUAUGGAUAGCCAGGGGCACACUCCAACACUCAGACAUCAUUUCCAAAAGAUGCUUUUGUGAGUCCGCCAGAUCAGAGGCAGAAGGGAUGACCAUCGUUGUCUUGAUAAGUGCGGGAAUUGGACCAUUUUCCUGUCCUGCUAAGCAUUCAACAUGUAACAAGUACUUUUGGGUGUCAGGUAAAAUGUGUGGAGUAAAAAGUACAUUAUUUUCUUUAGGAAUGUAGUGAAGUAAAAGUAGUCCAAAAAAAAUCCAAAAAUGACUUAAGUAGUACUUUAAAGUAUUUUUACUGAAGUACUUUACACCACUGGUUGUUAGGUGUCUUGGUUGUCUUUGAGUGACUAGUAACAGACCAAGACCACUGUGAGAGAUAAUGGCUGUGCAUGUUUGAGAGAAGUCUAUAAUGGCCAUGACUGUCAAUGCCUGAUGAUUCUGUGUGGUCAGACCCUCUGCAGCCGUUGUGCUGUGGUCAAGGUCAGGUAGCAACUUCAGGUCAGUCUGGGUUGACUGGUCCUAGUCAAGUCAUGGCCUGCAGUAACAUCACAUAAAAUAAGCAUUUGAUUGGUUACAUUCAGGUGAUGUCCUGUCUGAGACUGUUUUAAUAUCACAUAGACAACAUAAUUAUGCUUUACUAUUGAUUCAUAAGACAUUCCAUGAGAUUCUAGCUGGUUAGGGGUCGAGAAGACUCAUCAAGUCAUGUCCAAACAUUGAUCUUUAGGCCCUCCAGUGCGCUGAGUUUAAGGUUUGAUUAGAGCGGACCUAGUAGGUUUAUUGCACCUGCAGAACUGGUAGAUGUUUCAUCUUUGGAUUUCUAAGGUUAAGGAGUAAACUGUCCCGAUCCUUAUCCAGUCCAUGUCUUUGUAAAGCAUUACACUCCAGAAUGUCAUGACUCAUGAGUAAUUAUUGACAUCAUCUUCCUCAAAGGAAGCAAUUCUCCUAUGAGCGUCCCGUAUUUGAUUCUGUGCACAAUAAUUUCUUCUGCAGAUUUGUCUGUAACAUCAUUCUCGCAUGGAACACAACAACACACCUGUACACAAUUCCUUCAAUAAGACAUUCAAGUCAAAGAUAAACCAUAAUCAGAAACAUUAUUUAUUUUGAUAUGCUAAUGUAUGCUUGUGGAAUUCCUGUCUGCAUUGAUACUCUUGUUCGUUGUUAGAUAUACUAUAUGGCUUUUAAAAAUAUCAAUGCAAUGUUGAUGUUGUUUUUAAUCAUUUAGCACCUUAUUAUCAAGCGAUAUAGCUUAUCCAAUGACUUACAUACAUGAACUAUGUGGCAUUGGUUAACUAGAUGUGUGCAAUAAUAGACAAGGUGUUGGUGUCCGUUGGGUCGGAUAUGUUUCGCUUCUUCUUCACCACUCCAUUUCCUCUCUCAUUCCUUUGGUUUGGAGUAUAGAGCCAAAUCAGCACUUAAGCCAGAUUCACACUAUAGGACUGUACUGUGCUGGCUCUGAUCAUUUAUUUUCCAGCACGGUUCCAGCAACUAUAGUGGCUCGGUAUGGCUCAGUAGUGUGAAAAGCCUAACAGCCUGUUGAGAAAGUCAUUACUCGAUACAUAAACUAGUACUGGAUAUGAUGUCACCAGAGCACAUAGCUAUUGGCUAGCAGGUCAUCAGUGUUCAUCAGCUCACCCAAUCAGCUCGCUCCUCAUUGGAUCUGUGGGGAAAAAGGUCAUGCACAAACACAAUAAAAAGAUUGGUUGUUGAUGUGA